AUGUCUCUCGACAAGCAUUUGUUCGAGCUAAAAUUCGCUGCGAAGCAAUUGGAGAAGAGCGCACAACGAUGUGAGAAACAAGAAAAAAUCGAAAAAGAUAAACUAACAGCUGCAAUUAAAAAAGGCAAUAAGGAAGUCGCACAAGUUCAUGCAGAAAAUGCUAUUCGGAAGAAGAAUGAAGCGGUGAAUUACAUCCGCAUGGCAGCCCGGAUAGACGCAGUUGCUGCUCGAGUGCAAACUGCUGCCACACAGAAGCGAGUGACUAGUAGCAUGAGUGGUGUUGUUAAGGCUAUGGAAAGUGCAAUGAAGACGAUGAACCUCGAGAAGGUACAACAGCUUAUGGAUCGUUUCGAGCGCGACUUUGAAAAUCUUGACGUUCAUACCGCAACCAUGGAGCGCACCAUGGAUGGUACUACGGUGCUUAAUGCUCCCAAAUCGCAAGUGGAUGCUCUUAUUGCUGAGGCGGCCGACAAAGCUGGCAUUGAACUCAACGCCGAGCUGCCAUCAAACGUGCCAACUACCGUGCCCGCCGCAGCGCAAUCCGUUGCUGAUGACUCGGAUCUUACUCAACGUCUUGCCGCUCUUCGAAACAUGUAG